AUGGCGGAAUUCGUACGCGCCCAGAUUUUCGGCACCACUUUCGAGAUUACCAGCAGGUACACCGACCUGCAGCCCGUGGGCAUGGGCGCUUUUGGUCUCGUCUGUUCAGCCAAGGACCAGCUUACUAGCCAGGCCGUGGCUAUCAAGAAGAUCAUGAAGCCCUUCAGCACCCCAGUCCUGUCAAAGCGGACAUACCGAGAGUUGAAGCUCCUGAAGCAUCUUCGACACGAGAAUAUUAUCAGCCUGAGCGACAUCUUCAUCUCUCCCCUCGAGGACAUCUACUUCGUCACCGAGCUCCUCGGAACCGAUCUGCACCGCCUGCUCACCUCCAGACCGCUGGAGAAGCAGUUCAUUCAAUACUUCCUCUACCAGAUUUUGCGUGGCCUGAAAUACGUCCACUCCGCUGGUGUUGUGCACCGCGACUUGAAGCCCAGCAACAUCCUCGUCAACGAGAACUGCGAUCUCAAGAUUUGCGACUUCGGUCUCGCCCGUAUACAGGAUCCCCAGAUGACGGGUUACGUAUCUACCCGAUACUACCGAGCCCCUGAGAUCAUGCUCACAUGGCAAAAGUACGAUGUUGAGGUUGAUAUCUGGAGUGCAGGAUGCAUUUUCGCCGAGAUGCUCGAGGGCAAGCCGCUCUUCCCUGGAAAGGACCACGUGAACCAGUUCUCCAUCAUUACCGAACUUCUCGGUACACCCCCCGAUGAUGUUAUCCAGACCAUCUGCAGUGAGAACACACUGCGAUUCGUCCAGUCACUUCCCAAGCGCGAGCGACAACCCUUGUCCAACAAGUUCAAGAACGCCGAGCCUCAGGCCGUCGAUCUCCUAGAGAACAUGCUGGUCUUCGACCCUAAGAAGCGUGUACGAGCGGAGCAGGCUCUCGCUCACCCAUACCUCGCCCCAUACCACGACCCCACUGAUGAGCCGAUUGCGGAGGAGAAGUUUGACUGGUCGUUCAACGAUGCAGACCUGCCCGUUGACACGUGGAAAAUUAUGAUGUACUCUGAGAUUCUGGACUACCACAAUGUUGAUGCGGCGGCACAGGAGCAAGAGAACAACGGCAGCUAA